AUUUUCUCUUCAAGACCUAGGCGCAAGUGGCUCGGUCUGGGACGUCUGGGAGCUGAAGUUGAACAUCUCUACGAUUGUUGAAAAUGUUUUCAAGAUUAGCCCUUCGUAACGUGGCAACACGUUUGCCAGCUCUGGCACGUGUUCAGAGUUCUGCAGCAGCACCACCUGAACCCCCGAAGAGACUAUCACGUCCAAUUGAUCCCAGUCCAGUGCGCCAUGGAUUCAUUCCAGAGGAAUGGUUCCAAGCAUUCUACAACAAGACUGGUUACACUGGUCCCUACGCCUUAUUCACUGGUGUUACCACGUAUCUCGUCUCCAAGGAGUUCUAUGUUCUGGAGCACGAGUUUUACACUGGAGUGUCAGUGUUUAUCAUGUGUGUAGCUAUCGUAAAGAAAUUCGGUCCACAAGUUGCUACAUGGGUCGACGCUAAGAUGGAUCAGGAAGAGGCGAAUAUGAAUGCAGGGAGGAAAAAUGAAAUUGUGGCUCAUGAGAAGUCCAUCGAGCACCUGAAGAACGAGCAGUGGAGAACAGAGGCUCAGGCUUUGAUCAUGGACGCCAAGAAGGAGAACAUCAAGAUUCAACUGGAAGCUGAAUACAGAGAACGCAUCCACAGAGUCUAUUCUGAGGUAAAAAAACGCUUGGACUAUCAACUCCAAAUUGCCAACGUGGAGCGUAGAAUGGCCCAGAAACACAUGUCCGAAUGGAUAAUAAACAACGUACUGAAGGCAAUAACACCGGACCAGGAGAAGGCCGCGCUCCACCAGUGCAUUGCCGAACUCCAGGGUCUAGCACCAAAAGCAUAAAUUGUUACACUUGUAGAAAAUAUAGAAUUGAUAUGAACAUUUAUUCACAAUUCGAUCAAGUCUAGCGAUAACGUUUGAACCUCGUCAAUCCUCAACCUGUAAAGUUGUAAUAUUUUCAAUCAGUUGGAAGUCGUCCCUAUCAGGUCACGAGUAAAUCAAUAAAGAUAUUACUGGUCUGGUGA